AGCUGAGAGAUGAAGGGAGCACCCAGUGGGUACCUUGGGAGGAUGUAGAAGGCUCUAGGAGUUGGGGAUAGAGUUAUGGCAUAGACAAGGAGAGGGAUGUGGGGGUGGGAGGAGAAGUAGUGAGAAGGCAGACCCUAAAAUUUGGGGUCCAGUUUGAUGGAUGACAGGAGGGGGCAGAAACAAAUGAUCUGUACAAACCUUAGGAGAGUCAGAGCAGCAGAGUUCCUUGGAAGGGAUCAGUUAUGUCAGUCCCAGCUUUUGGUGCCAGAUGGAUGAAAAGAAAUAAGAAAGGAAGGACAUGACUGCUUCCAGGUGUGACAGAGAAGAUUUAUUGUAGAUAAAAGGGAGAGCAUAGCCAGAGGCAGGGACAGCUGGAAGUCCAGAGUGAACAUGACCCUGAGCCUGGCCACAUGAGAAGGGGAGAGCCAGGAAAGUAAAGGGUAGAUGGGGGGGGGGGGCAGAGUAAGCAGAAUGGCUGGAUUGUAUAGGGAAGUGCAGCUCAGCUCCUGGGCUGGAGAAAUUUAAGGGAACCGGGGCAUCUCAGCCAUACCCUGUAACAGAUAGGGAGUGAGGGAUGCAGGGAGAACCUGGCAACCAGGUCUACUUUGAUAUAUUAAAUAGACACCUCAGUCAUUUGUCCUGGGUUUGAGAUCUCACACCACUGAUCUACUUCAUCAUUAUUGCUUUAUAGUAAAUGUAAUUUCUAAGAAGAAUUUUAGGGAAAUUAAGAAAGGGUGAGUCUUUGCAUUCUACCUUUUUUCCCCCUGUAAGUAAAGAAUGCAGGGCUUGAAGAGAAGGCUCAACAGAUAGGAGCACUUGCUGUGGUUGUAGUGAAUUGUUUUCCAGCACCCACAUGGUGGCUUACAAUUGUCCAAAUGCUAAUUCCAAGGGAUCCUAUGGCCUCUACUUGCCUCUGCUGGUGGUGUAUAUAUACACGUUCAGGCAAAACACUGAUACACACUAACAAAUGUAUAUGGCUGGAGACAUAGCUCGGGUUUUGGAGUGCUUGCUUGGUGUUUCCAAAGGCAUGGUGCUACAUAACUAGGUAUGGUGGUGAGCAGUCCCGAGUCAUCACUGAAAGGUGGUGGGAGUUAGAUGAUCACAAGUUCAAGAUCAUUUUCAGGCUCUUAAGAGUUCAGUGGUAGUCUAGGAUUAAUGAGUGUGUCAAACAACCCCAAAACAACAACAAAAACCUAACAGUGGCUAAGUGCCCUGAAAAUAUUAAGGCAAAAUUAAAGGCAAUAAUUUUUUUUUCCUCAUUUAGAUAAUAGCUACUUAAGCUUUCUACCAAAAUGGGCUUGAUGUACAAUUUGGAAAGUGUACGUUGUAUUUCUGUUCUUAAAGAUGUUUCUUAUAGUCUAAUAUUGAAGUUAGGUGAAAGUUACUGAACAUAAUGAAGAUGGGCAAGUGGAGUCGACGUUGGUGAAAGUGGGUAGAAGUCAUUGUACUGGGAUGCUCAUUGCCAGAUUUUGGUUAUGUUUGAAGGUUGUCCUAAGCAUGAUGUAAUACCAGCAUAAACCUUUGAAGCUUCAGCUGACACCAUCCAGGCAUGAAGUGCAUAGGACUUUAUGGGCCAAGGGUAAUGCUUGUUUAAAAACAAGGCAAGCUACUCUAGUUUAAUGAGGCCAGUUAAGAAAACUUUUCCAGAGUGGGAUGAGAGUAUAAUCUCAGUUUGGAAGUAGAAGUAGCGUUUUAUGUGUCCUGAAGGGGUUAACGAUUCUCACUGUACUGCAUUUGAAAUAGGCUGGCACACAAGUGGCUGAGUUAGAAUUGAGGAAAAUAGUAGUUGAGGCCUGGAAGUAUUGUGUGAGUUAUUCACUGCAUGCGAACUUGAGAAUUCACAGGACAAAGUUGAUGUUAGGAGUGCUUGCCUGGCUGUGCACUUCCCUUCAUCCCUGUAUGUUCAUACUCUGGAGCCUUAAGAAAGCACUGAGAUCCUGACCUCCACAAACAUGUUCUACCGGACUCAAGUGCUGCCAAGUGCACAGGCUUCAUGUUGCAGGUGGAGCCUGCCAAAGCUGCUCAGGUGGUCUGUGGGGCGGGGCUUGGGACAAAGUCCGUCCCUUCUCUAGGCCCUGCCCAGGGGCCUGCCAGGUGUUGGAGCCUAAGCAGUAGGAUGCCAGAACCUCAGGGGGACUUCUGCUAGAGUUCAAGGGAGGUGUUGUCCCUCCUGGGGACAGGCCACCCAUUGAGCUACUUUAAAUCUGAAUGGAAGUGACCAGUCUAAAUUUAGGAGCCAAGGGCUGGCCUUGUGGGUUGCUGGAACCUGACGCCUGGCUUCUCAUGUCCUGGAAGCCGCCGGCACCCUUUCUGCAUUCCUGGAAGGGAGUCCUGUUCACAUGCUUGCCAACGGUUAGGACCAGGACCAGAAAGAGGAAAGAAAUGAGCCGCCAGACUGCUACAGCAUUACCCACUGGCACCUCAAAGUGUCCACCAUCCCAGAGGGUACCUGCCCUGACUGGCACAACUGCAUCCAACAAUGACUUGGCGAGUCUUUUUGAGUGUCCUGUCUGCUUUGACUAUGUGUUGCCACCCAUUCUUCAGUGUCAGAGUGGCCAUCUUGUUUGUAGCAACUGUCGUCCUAAACUCACAUGUUGUCCGACCUGCCGGGGUCCACUGGGAUCCAUCCGCAACUUGGCUAUGGAGAAAGUGGCCAAUUCAGUACUUUUCCCUUGUAAAUACGCCUCUUCUGGAUGUGAAAUAACUCUCCCGCACACAGAAAAGGCAGAGCAUGAGGAGCUCUGUGAGUUCAGGCCUUACUCCUGCCCCUGCCCUGGUGCUUCCUGUAAGUGGCAAGGCUCCUUGGAUGCUGUCAUGCCCCACCUGAUGCAUCAGCACAAGUCCAUUACAACCCUGCAAGGAGAAGAUAUAGUUUUCCUUGCUACAGACAUUAACCUUCCUGGUGCUGUUGACUGGGUGAUGAUGCAGUCUUGUUUUGGCUUUCACUUCAUGUUAGUCUUGGAGAAACAGGAAAAAUACGAUGGUCACCAGCAGUUCUUUGCAAUUGUACAGCUGAUAGGAACACGCAAGCAAGCUGAAAAUUUUGCUUAUCGACUUGAGCUAAAUGGUCAUAGGCGGCGAUUGACUUGGGAAGCGACUCCUCGGUCUAUUCAUGAGGGAAUUGCAACAGCCAUUAUGAAUAGUGACUGCCUAGUGUUUGACACCAGCAUUGCACAGCUUUUUGCAGAAAAUGGCAAUUUAGGCAUCAAUGUAACUAUUUCCAUGUGUUGAAACGGCAAUCAAAUAUUUCUGGCCAGUGUUUAAAAUUUGCAUUUGACUUCACAGAGAAUAAGGCACCCAUCUGCUUGCCAACCUAAAACUCUACUGGUAGGUAGAAGCUAGACACAUGAAGGUAAAUAAAAAGAAAGGCUGUUAAUACAGGAAACAGUUGCAUGUAGUAACACUAAUAUAUUUAAAAAUAAUUCAACAGUAAACCACUGAAAAAAUAUAUAUAUACCCAAGAUGGGCAUCUUUUGUAUUAAGAAAAAAGAAAGGAAGCAUUGUAAAAUAUUUCUGAACUUCGUGUUUGUUGUAGAUUGAUUGUAUUGUUGACAACAAUUUUUUGGGGAUGUGUGUCUGUGCACACAUGGGUGCACGAGUGUGGUUGGUUUUCCUUUAACUGACAAGCCAUCUGCGUGGUCAUGGACCACUGCUUUCCCCUUGUGAGUCAAUACAUAGUGCUGCUGUGGUUUUUGUUUUGUUUUGUUUUCUUUUUUUGUGUGUGUAUUUGCUAAUUUUUAUUCUAGUUUUUCAUUAAAUAAAUUUGACUUUCUUUUCUGUAAUUCAGGUUUUUCUCACUUUUGUACCUUUAAGUUAGUGUCUUUUUGAUAUUCAUAAUUGCUUAUGUCAAAAGUUUGUGUUCAGUACAUACUUUCUUUUCCUUCAAUCAGUUUAUUAGAACUAUUUUUAAUUCAGCCCUUUUGUGGAAAUAGGAAUUCCAGAAAGGAAAGGUAACAUGAGAGCGCUGUGCAAGCUGCAGCAGGUAUGAGAUGGUCUUGUCUGUGUGAGUCCCACCAUCAGGCUAACUCUUGGGAAGGUCAGGUUAGGGAGUAAACUGAGUUAUAUAAAUACCUUUAAAAAUCAGGCCUUUCCUCUCUUCAAAUGUGUUGGGCAAAUCACAUGUUUAAAUUGGUUCUUGUAUUUAUUGGUUUUGCAAAAGAGUGCAUCAUCAUACACAGUAUUUGUAACUAAAGGAAAUCAUUUGUUUUUAAAAAAGGCAGUUUGCAAAAAAUGUUUUUGGUCUUUUAUAAUUCUCAUUAAAAGAUUAUCUGGCAAAUUAAAAAAAAUCUUAAUGUGUUUACUUUAGCUCUAGGUUGGUUUUUUUUUUUUUUUUUUUUUUUUUUCCUGGAGCUGAGGACUGACUACAGGGCCAGCACUUGCCAAGCAAGCUCUCUCCCACUGGGCUAUGUCCCUCACCCCUGGCUCUAAAAGAGCUCUUUAAGAAAGUCCAGAGGUGUUUCCCGUGUUUAGAGCAGAGGAUUAGGGGAUUAUAUGCCACUGUUUUGAAGUAUGUUUUAUUCUGAAGCACAGAAAGGACUAGGUUCUCCCAUUUGAUUCCCAUAAGGACAUUUAGAGUAUGCCUGAUUAAUCACUCUUUUCCUUUAUGAAAACUGAGUUUAUCAUCGUAGUUCCAGCGGUGGAGUUUGACUCCACCAUGUUCCUAUAGUUUACCUCUAUCCAAUUUAACCAGCUGUCUGACCUUGGGCCCAGUUUCCUAAUGUGUUAAAUGGAGUUAAAUUAUGGUGAGUAUGUGAAGGGUUAAAUGAGACACUAGUACUUUACCCUGAAACAGUGCUUCCUACCACCUAAGUAUCCAGCCAGUGUGGAACACUGGAUUUUACCUUUAGUGUUGUGUUCCUAGUUACACUCAGGCACACAGCAGAAAUCUGUCAUUGAUAAUUUUGUAUUUUCCUAGUGGUACCCCAAGCUUAGAAAGUCAUUGAGAAUUAACUUGCAUUUUCCUUUUAUCCUAUUUCCAAUUCUGGAUUAUGGAGCUUGGUUCUGUUAGCCAUUUUCAGUACAAGUAAGCCUUCUAUUGAGUUGAUUGUCAUGUGCUUAUGUAGCUAUAUUUGGGCUGAAAGGGAAUAAUUUAGCCACAGAUUACAACCAUGUUUUUAUUUGCAUGAAAAUUUAGAAAAGCAGUUUGUGUGUGUUGAGACAAGGUCUCGCUACCCUGGGUGGCCCGAAUUCUACGCCUUACCUCAGGCCACUCCCGCCCCAGUUGAAUGCCACAAAGCAUUUCAGUGGCUGAAAAGCAACCGAGUGUAUGUUUGAGGGAAUGUCAUUUUGCAGUUUCACUGUAUUGUGCCCAGACUUUAACAUCUCAAAAGGCGUGGCCAUUAGAAAUCCAUACUCUCCCCCCAUGAAAUCAGAGCUGACUGACAUUUACUAGUUAAAUGCAUGAGCAUGUUCUUGUACACAUAUAUUUUGAGAUAUUGAUUGGUUAUUUCUGUAACCUUCACCACGUAACAAGAUCACCCUAGACUUUACCAUUUUGAUAGUGUUGGGAAGGCUGGCCAUGGUUCAUGCUUGUAAUCUCAGGGCUUGGAGGCCAAGGCAGAACGCAAGGUUUUGAGGUCAACCUGCUCAACAUAUUGAGUCAAAAAUAGAAAAUAAUCAACCAAACAAAACUUGGACUUUUUCUGUUGUUGUUAUUGGGCUUAAACCUAGUGCCUCAGCAAAACUACUACAAGCAAGCAUUCAGUGGCUGAAUCCCUAGUAAAAACAUUUUUAGUAAUUUGACCACUCACUAUAUCUCAGCUAAUAAUUUUGCUGUUUAAUAUCAAGAUUUUUUUAUUUUGCUACUUACAUAUUAGUCUGUAUGUUCUUAGUAUGUUUUGGGCAUUAAUAUUUGAAAAGUCGUGAUACUUUUAUUGAUGCUCUCUGGGGAGGCUUCAAUGGGACCCAGAAUUGUAAAGGAUUUUGUUAUCUCCUGUUUUUGCUAAUUUUAGCAAGCGAAGGCAUAUUUUAUGUAUAUUUAGCAGCAGGUAAGGUUGACACAUUAACGUUUAUUAGCUAUUAAUUCUUCAUAUUCUUGAUUCCCACAGAUGAGAAAUGAAGCCACAUUUCUUUGUUCCCUUGAGAUUUGGCACACAAAAAUGAACUCUUGUCUUUUCAUUGUUUAGAGUAGAUAAUUUCUGUUGAUUGCUUUGAUCCUUUUGGUGUCUUUCAGGAACUGUGGGGGAGGGUAUUGAGACAGGGUUUCUCUGUAGCUUUGGAGUCUGUCCUGGAAUUCACUCUGUAGACCAGGCUGGCCUUGAACUCACAGAGGUCCACCUGUCUCUGCCUCCAUUUGUGUGCAUUAUCUUAAAAAAAAAAAAAAAGUAAUCCCAAACCAGCACUUAGGAGGGGAGGAUCAUAACAUACCAGUGCAUAGGCAGGUAAGCAGCAUGCCUGGCCUGUACAGCAAGACCCUGUCUCAAAAGAAAAGGUGUGGAUAUUGUGGAAGCUUGUGGACUGAGCAGUGUUCCAUGGGGAGUGUGCAAAACACAAGAGUUCUGUCCGACUUGUCCAGUUAAGCUAUUUAUAUCGUUUGUCAAAAUAAACAUUUUUAAAGAUGGCAUCACCCAAACAGAAUUUAACUUUUAUACCAAGCACUAUAGUAUAUCUCAAGGGAAUUUUUAUCGAAGACAACUUUUUCCUAGAUUUAAAAUCCUUUUGAUAGCUUGUUUAUGGAGCCAGGUCUUGUGGUGCAGCUCUACAGCACUGGCUGGCUUGGAGUUUGAUCAGUAAGACCUUGGGUUCUCGGCAUUGGCGGAGAUUAAAACCGUGUGCAGCUCAUUUUUUGUUUUGUUUUUAGUAAAGAAUAAUCAUUGUAAGGCACACUACAUGUUAAUACAUCAGGGAGAAGAGCAUUACUGUUGGACCUUAACCAUCAAAUUGGAGACUGACAGCCUACUUCUUUUGUCAUACACAGUACAGUUUCUCCUUUGCUCUGAGAAAUGCGACGCACAUUUAUUUCAUUAAGCAAAACUAGUGACUAAUCCCAGAUUGUCAAAAAUAAUACUUUUUAAUAUUUUUAUAGUAUAGUUUCUCCUUUGUGUAAGUUUCCUAGGAGAGCCACUAAGUGCUUCUGCCUUCGGUGGUGACUGCCUGAGUUAGGUUUGGUGGGGGAGAUGUGUCUUGCUUGACCUGGUACAUCUUCUAAAAUGGCUGGUGUAAAAGGCUUGACCCUGGUUGAUGGUGUUGAAAAGUGGAUCACUGGUAACUUCAUCAGUGGAUGUUGAUGGCUGAAUAGAGUGUUGGGGGAGGGAUAUGUCACUGGGGAAUGUAUUUUGGAAGGGUGUCUUGUCUUUGGAUCUUCCUCUCUGGCUCUUCUGCUUCCAGCUGCCAUGAGGUGAACAACUUUACUCUGGCACACCUUCCCUUCCCACCACCGUGUUCUGCUUCAUCACAAGCCCACAGCGAUGGGGCAUCUGUGGACGGAAACCUGAAACCAUGAGCCCAAAGAAGUCUUUUCCUCAGGUAUCCUGUCACAGCAAUGAGAAGUGACUGUCCCUUCACCUAGUAUUGGAACCCACUGUGCCCAGAUGGGAAUCUGUCCUGAGCUCAAGCAGUGCUUGUCUCAGAGUUGGAAUUGGUGCUGCACAUGAGACCCAGCUGUAGCCCCUCUAUUAUGAAGAGGGGAUGUGGUAUGGCCACAAGUUGUUUGUGUUUCAGAGUUGAAGCCGUGGCCUCUCCAGUGCUAAGCAAGAAUUCUACCGAGUAAUACCUCUAUAUUUAUAAUUGCUAUAAGAGUAGAGGAAAGAAUCAUGUUUUCAGCACAUACACUGACCUGGUGGUUUUUGUUUUGUUUCUUGAGACAGAGUUUCUCUGUAGCUUUGAACUUUGUAGACCUGUCUCUGCCUCCCGAAUGCUGGGAUUAAAGGCGUGCACUUUCUCUGGCCAACCUGGUAUUUUUUUUUAAAAAAAGAUUCUUGUAUCUUUUAUAUCAUUCAUAAUCUAGUAUUUUACUUAUAGUCACUGAUUUACCUAUUGGUAUUAAAUAUUUUAUGAACAACUAAAACAGAAGGCAUUUGGCCCUAAAUUUGCAUAUAGCUUAUUAUGUGACUCAGGAUUACAGAGUCUUAUUUGUAGUACAUAGAAGAGUUCACAGGGAUGAUACAUGGACAGAACAAUUGAAAUUAUACUUAGAAAGUUGAUAACCAUGGCAUUACAGCUUUGUUUGCCUUUGAUACCUAAAAGCUAUGCAUGUCCCAAAUGGUGCGGCCACAGUAGAGAGGAGAUGGGGCUGAGGUUGAGGUGUGCUCUAGCUCAGUGUUUGGGUACUUACCCAGUAUGUGCAAGUCCCACUGUGGUCCCCAACACCAUGUACACACAUGAACACAUGCAUGCAUGGUCAGAAAGUUGUUUGUGGCUAGUAAAGGACAGGUCAGGUCUGGAGGCAGAAGCUGGAGGUCAGGGUUGGUGAGCUGAAGGAUGGGAGCCAGGUGCCCCUACUUCCCAGAUGUCGCCUCAGUGCUAACCUGGUGGAGAAGUGCACCUGUAUAAAGUAACUAGCUCGUUUUCUGAGCCCUUUCCUAUGAGAAAUGGAACACAUGUAUUUUGGGAGGGCAUUCUGAUCAAAGCACCACCACAGAAGUUCUACUUCUGGGCACACAUCCCAAAAUAAUAGAAAAGCAAGGGAUCUGUACAUUCCUGUUGACAGUCCACAGUCACAGAACAGUAGGGGAGUGGAUACGCAGUAUGUCAUAUGUACACAGCGGCUUGUUCAGCCAGAAAAAGAAGUUUGAUACAUGAUAUAUAAACUUGACAAGUUGGUGAGACAAGAAAAGAACAAAACUUCCACUUAGAAUAAGGAAGAGGGGAAGAGUGGUUACCAGGUCUGCAAUUGGGGGAAUGAGUUGUUUGUGCUGAAAAAAUCGUGGACAGUGGGAACACUGAAUGUCACAGAUGUCCCUGAAUUAAAUAUUUGUAAGUGGUUACAGUGGUGGAUUUUAUGCAGUUUCUCUGAUCAAAACCUCCUGCACAGCAAACCAAAAACAGUGUUAGAAAAACAAAAACCAUACCAUUCAAUUCCAGAUGGCUCCUUUAAAAAGGAAAGAUGGGCUGGAGAAACCGCUCCUCAGUUGAGAGUGCUUGCUGUUCUUGCUAAAUACCCAAAUUAGUUCCCAGCACCCACACCAGGCAGCUUAUGAGCACAUGCAACUCCUGCUCCAGGGAUCCGACACCCUCUUCUGGCCUCUGCAGGUGCCCAUGCUCACUCACAAAGAUGGACAUAAAUCUGUUUUAGAAAAUGCACACACACUUCAGACAGCACAGAAGCUGCCCUAUGUAAUUUCCUGUGUAGGUCAGUGCUGAUUUCUAGGCCCCAGAGAACCCUGAGCUUUAAAAGGUGUUGUGUUACCACCUCAGGCAGGUAUAUGAAGCAGGGCUUGGUGGGAAGGCUCCCUGGAUGGACAAGGCCAGUGGAUUGUUCCUUUGCUCCUUGUGCAGGAUUACAGAGGUCAGGAGCUCAUCAAGGGUUGUGAGUGCCCCCAGCUAGUCCUCAUUCGGUAUUUCCUCCAGAGAUUUUUAGUAAGCCUGAGCAGGGUUUAGGUAGCUUGUAGACCCCCCAUUCUCAUUCAGGAAGUAUCAAAACUAUAUUAGCUCUUCUCAUUUCUUGUAAGAUUCUGACUCUAGAAUUAAAAUUGUGUUGUUUACAUUGCAUUCUUGUUGAAUCAGCAAUAAUACUGUUAUUUCACACACGAGCAUGUAUGAAACAGGGUUCAGAAACCUAGUAAAUGUAAGGGGCCUUCACCCUGGUACCUCAGACUGAGUCACAGGAGCAAACAGGCAUUCCAAGUUGACACACUUGGGAUUUGGCAUAAACAAGGAUUCCAAGUUUAGGGGUCAUCCCGAAACACACAGUUGCUCCCUUGGGCCUGUAGUUUUUCAAGAUUACAGGCACCCAAAGCCAUUGUGUUCCUGCAGUGACUGCCAACAUGUGCCACUGUUCUCAUUGCUGCUUCCCUCAGCCUAGGACCUGUAUAGUCCUAUGUGGGUCUCAUCCUAGACUUUUAAAUAGUUGCCUAGAGUUUUGUCUUUGCUAGUUUCCCUUCUAAGUAACUGGGUUCCAGGAUCCAAUAAAGUCUACAUGGGUCUCCAGAGUUAAGAGUAUGUGCCAACUGUUAUUAUUUUGAGAUAGGGUCUCCCUAUGUAGUCUUGGCUGCCUUGGAAUUUGGUAUGUAGACCAAGCUGGCCUUGAACGUCAAGAGACCUACCUGCUUCUGCCUCCCGAGUACCUGUACCACCACACUUGACUCACCCAAUCAUUAGACAUAUCAGACACGUCAGAGGGAU